CUCUGCUGACCGGAAACUGAAAAAAUAAAACUUAUAGCUAGAAACCUGCAGCAGUCCGUGUCAUCAAAACGAGUUCCUUGAUCAAACCUGUAUCUUCUCCAAUAAACCAUGGGAGCUGAUAAAAGGCUUAGUCGAGGUGAACGUAGUGGAAGAUAUGGAUCGGAUGGGAGGAGAGAAGAUCCAGAAUGGCAAGAAAGACGGAGUAGAGAUGUGGAGAGGGAUUAUGACCGACGGUGGGGCGAUGACAGACACCGAGAACGCUUUGACGAGCGCAGAGACAGUCCAGAGAGGGGCAGAAAACGGCGCAAUAGUGACAGAUCUGAUGAUGAAUACGAUGCGGAUUAUCCAGACCAGGACUAUAAAAUGGAGCAGGAGGAGGAGGAGAGCAAGACUAUAAUGCUGAGGGGUCUCUCUCUUCAUGUCACAGAGGAUGACAUCCGCUCAGCCCUUGAGCAGCUACAGGGGCCCCAACCUGUGGACAUUCGCUUGAUGAAGAAAAGGACAGGUAUAAGCCGAGGUUUCGCCUUCGUGGAGUUUUAUCACUUGCAAGAUUCUACCCGAUGGAUGGAGACCAAUCAGAACAAGUUGGUGAUCCAGGGGAAGAGCAUUGCGGUGCACUACAGCAACAGGAGACAGAAGUUUGAAAACUGGCUUUGCAACGCAUGUGGCCUUUACAAUUUCCGGAAGAGGCUGAAGUGUUUCAGGUGUGGAGCAGCCAAAGUUGAUGGGGAGUCACCAGGACUCAGUGGUUUAAAUGCUGAGUCUCAACAGCCAGGAGAUUACAAUGGAGACACAAUCAUUUUGAGAAACAUUGCCCCUCUUUCAACUGUUGAUGGAAUUCUGAACAUUUUGGCCCCCUAUGCCAACCUGUCAGCGGGCAACAUCCGCCUCAUCAAAGACAAGCAAACGGGACAGAAUAGAGGCUUUGCCUUUGUUCAGCUCUCAUCUCCCUUGGAGGCUUCUCAGCUGCUCACUAUUCUCCAGAGCCUUCAGCCACCUCUAAAACUGGAUGGAAAAACAAUUGGUGUGGAUUAUGCCAAGAGUGCUAGGAAAGACUCGGCUCAGCCUGAAGGGAUCAGAGCAAGUGCUCUCUCUGUCGCCAGCACAGCCAUUGCUGCCGCUCAGUGGUCAUCCAGCCAGUUACAGCAAGGUUCUGCUACAACCUCUGACUACAUUGCCCUUCCAGAUGUCUAUGCACAGCAAACACAGAAUUAUCAAGUAUGGCAGCCUGAAGCAUUGGCUCCUGUCACUGGAGAUGGAUUACUGGGAGCUGCUCCAGGAAUGAAGACGUUGAUCCCUACAGCCGCAGGUGUGGUCAUAUCCCAGACGCCUCAGGUUUACCAACCUGUCAUUAUCAGCCAGCCUGCCAUACAGUUAGUGAGGGCGGUUGAUGCAGCACAACAGAUGGCUGGUGUUUGCACUGCACCGCUGGUAACACCAGCAGCUUCCACUGUUGCAGCUGUCGUCUGUGCGGCCCAGACUGUAAACACGACAGCUUCCCCUGACACCUCCACAUACCAGUAUGAUGAGUCUUCAGGGUACUAUUAUGAUCCACAGACCGGCCUGUACUAUGAUCCCAGCAGCCAAUACUACUAUAACUCGGAGACUCAGCAGUACCUCUACUGGGACAGUGAGAAGGAGACCUACAUCCCUGCACCGGCUGAAUCAGACACAAGCUCAGCCAACAGUUCCUCAGCCGCAAACAGUAAAGAGCCCAAAGAGAAAAAAGAGAAGCCCAAAAGCAAGUCUGCACAGCAGAUUGCAAAGGACAUGGAACGAUGGGCAAAAACCUUAAAUAAGCAAAAAGAAAGUUUCAAGAGCAGUUUCCAAGGCUUUGGACCAUCCAAGGAGGAAGAAAAGAGAGAGUCUGCAGCUGCCGAUGCGGGCUUCUUCCUCUUUGAGAAAAAGCAAAUGGGAGGUUUUGAGGUGCCACCUUUCAUGAUUGAACAAUUCAAAAUCACAGAGCAGGAGUCUUCAGCUAAGAGCGGCCUGGUUGCUGCUUACAACGGAGACAGUGACCCAGAGGAGGGCGGCUCAGAUAGAGCAACAGAUGAGGAGGGAAAAAUAACAGACUGGAACAGGAUGGUUUGUCUGCUCUGUCGACGGCAGUUCCCCAACAGGGACGCUCUGCUGCGUCACCAGCAACUCUCUGACCUCCACAAGCAAAACUUGGAAAUUCAGAGAAGAUCAAAACUCACAGAAGCUGAGCUGGAGGAGCUGGAGAGGAAGGAAACUGAGCUGAAAUACAGAGACAGAGCUGCAGAGAGAAGGGAGAAAUACGGGGUUCCUGAACCUCCUGCACCCAAGAAGAAAUUCUAUCAACCACCAACUCCAACAGUAAACUAUGAACAGCCCACCAAAGACGGCCUCACAAGUGAUAACAUCGGAAACAAAAUGUUGCAGGCGAUGGGCUGGAAGGAAGGCAAAGGUCUGGGCCGCCACCAACAGGGCAUCACCGCUCCCAUCUCGGCUUCAUUAAGGACCAAAGGCACAGGCUUGGGUAUUAAAGGAAGCUCAUAUGAACUCUCAGCAUCGGACACCUACAAGGAUGCCGUUCGAAAGGCCAUGUUUGCACGCUUCACUGAGAUAGAGUGAACUGGAGAGGGAAAAGUAAUCCUACCGAACCAGGAAAUAUAAAUAAUGUGGCCAAGUGAAAAGAGUUGCACACACUCAAACUUUAAUUCCUAUCUUCUCUAUGUAUAUAAUGGUGUUUUUAUAUAGCUAGAUAUUUUGUCAUCCAAAGUAUGGUUUCAUUUGAAUGAAAAUGUAAAUGUUGUAUAGCCUUUGUACAUACAAUUAUUCAGACCUUCUGGGGUUUUGUUUCGGUAAAAAUCUAAAGAAUCUAUGUGACAAUUAAACUUAACCUUUGUGAU